ACAACUAGGAUGUAGUCUGUUGCUGUAGUGCAUUUUGACUACAGCUGAUAAAGGUAUAACUUGAUGAUAUUUUAUCCGAGAGCUGAUCUUUGACAGUACAAUGGCUGAGUCUCCAGACUGUCGGAGUCUUGUUUCUGCGUCGUCACAGCUCAAUUUAAUGGAAAUAGAGGCGAUUGACGAUAAAGAGUUUGACAUCCCUCAAGUGGACACACCUCCGACCCUAGAAAGCAUCCUUAAUGAGCCUGAAGAUGAGGAUGAGCCAUUCAUUUUAGAGGACACAUGUCUUUUGAACACAGAGAACAUUGAUGCCCACUCGUGUGAGACCUCUUCUUUGGCCAGCUCUGACAGUGGAGACCGAACGCAUUUAAAGAGGAGGAGGAAAGCGGUGGAAACUAAUGCUACAGUGCAUGGAUCUGUUCUUAGACGCAAUGUGCUGAAGGGCAUCUCAGCUCAGAUAGUAUCUGCUGCGGAUAAAGUUGAUGCUGGCUUGCCGACGGCGAUAACUGUUUCAAGUGUGAUUGCAGUAGGAACAUCUCAUGGUCUGGCCUUAGUGUUUGAUCAGAACCAGGCUCUGCGUCUGUGUCUGGGCACUACAGCGACAGGAGCAGAAUAUGGUGCUGUGUCGGCUCUCAGCAUUAAUCACGACUGCACACGACUGCUGUGUGGCUUUGCCAAAGGACAAAUCACCAUGUGGGAUUUGGCCAAUGGGAAGCUGCUGCGCACCAUUACUGAUGCCCAUCCACCUGGCACUGCCAUACUACAUGUGAAAUUCACUGACCACCCAGCGCUGGCUGUGUGUAAUGACAGUGGCGGAUCAGUUUUUGAGCUGUCAUUCAGGAGGGUGAUGGGGAUGAGGACAUGUGAAUCCAGGUGUUUAUUCAGUGGUUCCAAAGGUGAGGUGUGCUGUGUUGAGCCUCUACAUGCUGGAACUGAACUCAAAGAUCAUCCCAUUACCCAGUACUCCCUGCUGGCCAUGGCGUCACUCACCAAGAUUCUGCUGAUAGGACUGAAGCCUUCACUCAAAGUGUGGAUGACGUUUCCUUACGGCAAGACGGAUCCUGCAAGCGUACCCUUGUUGGCUUGGCAGUUUGUGGCUGCACAGAAAGCAAUCAACCCAGUUCUGGCUUUCUGUAGAGGAGACACCAUCCACUUCCUACUGGUUAAAAAAGACGAGUCUGGCACCAUCCAUGUCAUCAAACAAAGGCAGCUUCAACUAAACUGUGACCUAAUCAGUCUGAGCUGGAUAAACCCCCGGACGCUUGUGUUGAUGGACAGCACAGAAAAACUGCGAGUGGUGGACAGACCCAGUCAGGAGGAGCUGGAAACCGUGGACAUGGCUGAGCUUCAGCUGGUAUACAAUAGCAGCCAUUUCAAAUCCCUCGCCACUGGUGGAAAUGUCAGCCAAGCACUGG